AUGAUUGGUGAUUAUCUGCCGACGCUAAUAAGAAUGCGGGGCUGCGUCCCAGCGGCACUACUAAUUAGUUUACUAAGGCUCAGUGUGACAUUUUCAUCGGUACAGUAACUUGUUCAUACGUGAUUGCUCCGAAAGGCGUAACGCUCGAUCGUUUACCUCGCUGAUACCGUGAUUCCCUCGAAAAGCCCCUAUCGUCAUGGAGGACAUCCAGCUUAGCAAGGACCAGAUUGCGCAGCUCAAGAUGGGCUUCGACGCGUUCGAUCCCGAUAAGAAGGAGAUGAUCCACAACGACAUGGUCGGCACCAUUCUGGGAAUGAUGGGCAUGAAGAUCCCGUCCGAGCAGCUGAACUCGGUGAUCGGCGAAUACGAUACGUUCGGCUCCGGCGAGAUGAACUUCCAAGACUUCUGCAGCCUGGCCUCCCGGUUCAUGGAGGAGGACACGGACACCGAGGCGAUGCAGCAAGAGUUAAGAGAGGCGUUCCGGUUGUACGACAAGGAGGGGAACGGUUACAUCACCACGGACGUGUUCCGGGAUAUCCUGCACGAGCUGGAUGACGCGUUGUCGCCCGAGGAGCUCGACAUGAUCAUCGAGGAGGUGGACACGGACGGGUCUGGCACCCUGGAUUUCGAAGAAUUCAUGGAGGUCAUGACAGGCUAAACGAUCGACUUUUGGCACGGAGAACUGCGCGCCGUCCCUCGUGUCGGCCACGUCCACGAGCACGGGGCACGCCUGUUUCUCCUACACGUGGAGACUGGGAUUUAUCGGCGGUGCACGUGGCCGUUGGCAAAGUAUGAAGUUAAAGGUUCGCAGGUGAUGCCCGUCCGCGUCUCUCUCUCUGUAUAGCUGAGCAAGUAUUUCUGCCGGCGACCGCCGCUUUCGGAGUCACAAUCGGCUAAAAUGUAUUUCGAACGGCGCCGGAAUUAACCGGCACCGCAGCGCCGGGACGCUGGCGGCGACGCGCGGUGCCCGGCCUUUCGGAAAAAGUUGGUCAAAAUCCGGACAAAGCGGAGACAAAAAACCUGUGACAUACUCGGAUGCAGCAAACUGCAGAAAAAUAUUAGAACAUUUUUGGUGAAUGUUAAGAAAAUUUCGGGAAAUGUAAGGAAAUUUCAAUUUUGGCCAGCUAUUUGAGAAAUGGGACCACUGUGUUCCCAGCGGUCCCUUUUCGCAAUACGCUGGCCAAAAUACACGUCUACCUGGAAAUUAUAAUUCUCAAUUUCUUCAAUUGUUAACAUUGAUUUUAAUUCUGAUAAUUAUUGUUUCCUUUUCUACAAGAUUAUUGUUGUAUAAUUUUUACAGUUACUUUCUUUUACGUCGAAAAUAUAAGAAUAACAAUUUCCAAUAAAGUUGUACGAACUUAUCAAUUUUGUCCAGCUAUUCGAAAAAAGGGACCAUUGUGUUCUCAGUGGUCGCUUUUGGCAAAACACUGGCCAAAAUGCAUAUCUAACUUGAAAUUUGAAGUUUUCAAUUUCUCAAUUGUUAGCAUUCACUUCAAUCGUGACAUAACCUCGAGAAUACGGAUUUUCAUCAAAAUCGCAGCGAAUUACGAAUUUUGGCCAACAUUUUGAUAAACGGUACCAUCGCGCGACUUCGGUGACUGGUUCGUAUCGACGAAUACGAAUCGACGUUCACCGACGGUGUCGCGACGUCUCGCCAGAUUUUCGCGUGCCGUUUCUCCCUCUCUCUCUCUCGAAUCAGAGAAAAUGGUGUCCCGGAUCCUGGAACCUCGUACUUUGCCCGUGAAUCGCGCCGCCUAAUCGAAAGUGAUAAUACUCGUGAAGUAAACCCGAUCAAACCGCGGCUUACGCCGACGUGAAAGUAAAGUGAAAUUAAAGGAAUAAACGGGCGAACGAAAGAAAAAAAAAUUGCAUAAGGAAUCUGUUGUGCGUCGCUUUCCCCGUGGACUGUCUUUUCUAUCUAGGAUAUCUGUAAAUUGUGUAACUAUGUUUGGAACCGUUGCUAAUAAAACACCGACGGUGCAUUAAAGACACGUAAAUCGGAUGCAAUGUA